AUGGCAAGCACCCAAGGACCCCCCGACAACAAAAGCUACACCCCAUCCGUCCUCAGCCAAGAUACCCUCGUCGCCUCCGAAACUACCUCCCUCCACCCACCCAUCAGCAACGCGGAAGGCGCCACCGACCGACCCAUCCGCGGCACCGAGCCCCAGCCCGCCCGCUCCGAUAACUACCACUACGUCUCCACUCGCGUCGUAAAGGAAAUACCAAAGGCCAAGACGCCGACCGAUACGACAAGCGCGUUGAGCAAGUUCAAGAGGAUGCUGAAGCCGCCUGUUGUGAAGGCGGUUGAGGCUCUGCCGAGUCAUGAGGGGAAGUCGUAUCAUGUUGACGAGGAGGGAAGGAUUAUUGAUACUACGGUUCGGAGGGCAGGAACAUCGCGGAACGUCUUUGCUAAUGGCGAUGGUGGCGGCGGCGGCGGAUCUUGA